GUUUAUUCACCGGGAGGGACAAUUAUAAAUCCUGCUAUGGCGAAGGCAUGGCUUAUGAAUAUUAAUGACGGCAUGCUGACGAAACUUUUCUGGAACGGCCAGUCUGUUAGCCUAAUUAUUAUUCAUAAGCCAGCCCUUCACCGUAGUUCUCACCCAGCAGCCAAUCAGGUCAGCCUUCUGGGAAACGUCACAGUUCGAUAUUGAAUAUUCGUAAGUCAGGCCUUCAGCAUAGUAGGACGCGACGCCGGGAGGAGGAACGCGUGUGACAGGACGCGCAUCGCUAGAAGUUACUUCAUCCACCUACAGCAACCUGUUGACAGCAGUACAUACUUGCAGGAGUUACUCAAACUGGCUCUAAUGCGCAGAAGUGCGCGCUUGAACGCGGAGACGCGCACUGGAACAAAACUUUUCUUCACUUUUGGAUAAUAAGGAUGAACAGAAGCGCGUGCAAUGAGGAUGCAAACUAAACUGGCGUAUGAAGCAGAACUGGUAAUAUUUUGUCACUGAUCAUUAGGGACCAGUAGUCCUCUGUAUUUGAUCUACCCUGAGAUGAUCAAUAAUUGUAUCCCGGACUGGCUGGAAGUAACGUGACAGUGCGCUGUAUAGAUCAUCCUCAAGUGCGCAAUGAAGGUGCUCCUCGUGCUGUGCGCGGCGCUCGCGGGCUGCUGGAGAAGCGCGUGCAGCAACAGAUACUGUCCUGACUUGAUGAUUGACAGCUGUCAUUGCACUUCAGAGAGAUCAAAGGAGUUUAAUAGGCAGAGCAUGCGCGUGAAGGUUGUGUGUGAUGAUGCGGACCUGAUGGAAACCAUGCAGCCCAGCUCUUUACCUAACACAACAGUGUCACUGAUCCUGAGCAACAAUAAGAUCUCGGCACUGAAGAAUAACUCUUUCCUCGGCCUGAGAGCUCUGGAGAGACUGGAUCUCAGAAGUAAUCUCAUCAGCAGAAUCGCCCCCGGUGCGUUUCAUGGCCUGACGGCUCUGAAGAGAUUGGAUCUUUCCAGCAACAGGAUUGGCUGCUUCUCUGCUGAUAUGUUUCUUGACCUUGGCCGCCUCUCCAAACUGAACCUGUCUGGGAAUAUUUUCUCCACACUGCCGGAGGGGCUUUUCACACACGUGCCUUCCCUCAGAGCGCUGAGCAUGGGCACAGACUAUCUGUUCUGUGAUUGUCAGCUGCGCUGGUUGUUGUCGUGGGUCAGGAUUCAGUCUGUGCGUGUGGGCAAUGAAUCCGUAUGUGUGUAUCCGAGCCGUCUACAUGGACUGGAGCUCCGCAGCCUUCAGGAACACCAGCUCACCUGUGAUGGACCGCUGGAGCUGCCCGUCCUGCAGCUCAUUCCCACCCAGAGGCAGCUGGUGUUCCGGGGGGACCGCUUGCCCCUACAGUGCACCGCCUCGUACCUCGACCCUUCUGUCAAACUGUCCUGGAGCCACGAACAGCAUCCCGUCUAUGCGCUGGAAGAGAGAGGCCUGUACGUGGAAGACAGCAUCAUUCACGACUGCUGCCUCGUUACCAGCGAGCUCAUCCUGUCCAACAUUGAUGUCGGCGUUUCCGGUAAUUGGCAGUGUCACGUGACCAGUUCCCGUGGCAACAGCUCAAUCGGCAUGGAGAUCGUGGUGCUGGAGACAACUGCGCUGUACUGCUCGGCCGAGAGGGUCAGUAGCAACAAGGGUGAUUUCAGGUGGCCGAAGACAUUGGCUGGUUUCAUGGCCUUCCUGCCAUGUGCGGUGACCAGUGUUAGCUCCACCCCUCAGGAGAAAAGGGCGUGGCGGAGGUGUGACCGCACAGGCCGCUGGGCGGAGCAUGACUAUAACCAGUGCUCAUAUGCAAGCCAAUUCACACGCAGCCUGCAUGAACUCACACAGAUACCAGUGAACGUCUCCAAUGCGCUGGCGUUGGCGCAGCAGCUCUCCUCUCUCACCAGCAGGGCGGCACUGUUUGGCGACAUGAUGGAUGUGAUAUUUGUCACUCACCUGGUAGAAAGACUCACACGCCUGGUGGAUCAUGUCAGAGAGUUGGGUGACCAGGUGUUCGUCAUCGCCAGUAACAUGAUGCAGGUGGAGGAACACGUUCUCUGGAUGGCUCAGAACGAAGCUCGCGCUUGUACGCGUAUCGUCCAGUGCGUGGAGCGGAUCGCAGAUCUCGUGCUCAACACAAACACCACCGUCAUCUCAAAGGUUUCUGCUAACAUCGCUCUGGAGGCCCUGAUGGUCAGACCGGCCGCUCUGAUGGGUUUAUUGUGUACCGUGGUGCAGCGGCCACCUCUACUGCCCCCUGUGGCUGACGCGGGUCACGGCGAGGGCGUCAGCGUCACCGGAUCACAGCACGACACCCUGCUCGACUUCAGAUGUCACACGGUUAAUGUCUCAGGGUCACCCAUGGGUCAGCUCAGCCAGAACACGGUGGCCAUCGCUUCCAUACAUUUCCCGCUGGCUGCCCCUCAGUCUGUGGAGAACUCCACCUGUAAGCUGCAGCUGAUCGUCUUCCGCAAUGGAAAACUCUUUCCAUGCACGGGGAAUUCGUCAAAUCUUGCGGAUGAUGGGAAGCGCAGAAGCGUUUCGACACCAGUUGCGUUCACCAAAUUAGAUGGGUGUAGCCCCGGGAGCCCCGUGCAGCCGGUUACCGUCGCUCUCCGGCACUUCUCGUUGGGUGUAGACCCCACCGCAGCAUAUUGGGAUUUUGACCUGCUGAAUGGACACGGCGGCUGGCGGGCGGAAGGCUGCCAGAUAACGGGCUCCGCGCACAACACGACCACCAUCCAUUGCGCGCACCACAACAACCUCGCCGUGCUCAUGGAUCUGAAGAAGGUGCUGUCGUUCCCUCCAUACCCGGGAGAGUUCCUGCACCCGGUGGUUUACGCCUGCACGGCUGUCAUGCUCCUCUGUCUGUUUGCCUCCAUCAUCACCUACAUAGUGCACCACAGUACAAUCCGGAUCAGUCGGAAGGGAUGGCACAUGCUUCUCAACUUCUGCUUCCACACGGCCCUGACGUUCGCCGUGUUCGCCGGAGGCAUCAACCGAAUCAAAUACCCCAUCAUCUGCCAGGCCGUCGGGAUCGUGUUGCAUUACUCUUCUCUGUCCACUAUGCUCUGGUUGGGCGUAACGGCACGAAACAUCUACAGACAGGUGACCAAAAAACCACAGCAAGCACAGGACGGAGACCACACGCCUCCUCACCCCGCCAGAUCACCCAUGCUGAGGUUUUAUUUAAUCAGUGGAGGAGUUCCCUUCAUCAUAUGUGGCAUCACAGCAGCCAUCAACAUCGAGAACUACGGCAGUGGAGAGCAGACGCCGGUCUGUUGGAUGGCGUGGGAGCCCAGUCUAGGUGCGUUCUAUGGGCCCGUGGCCUUCAUCGUCCUGGUGACCUGCAUCUACUUCCUGUGCACCUUCAUCCAGCUGCGCAAACACCCCGAGAGGAAGUACGAGCUGAAGGCCAUGAGCGAGGAGCAGCAGAGGCUGGCUGACGUCCACCAGGGCGAGCCGGGGACUGACGGCGGCCAGUGCCACGGCGGCUGCCCGGGUCUGAUCAACCCCUCUAUGCUGGCUAACGAGCACUCGUUCAAGGCUCAGCUGCGGACCGCUGCCUUCACGCUGUUUUUGUUUGUCACCACGUGGACGUUCGGCGCUCUGGCGGUAACGCAGGGUCACUUUCUGGAUAUGAUCUUCAGCUGCCUUUACGGGGCGUUUUCCGUCACGCUCGGGUUGUUCGUACUCAUUCACCACUGUGCAAAACGCGACGACGUGUGGCACUGCUGGUGCGCGUGCUGUCCCGGACGACGCCCGAAUAAUAAGGCUUGUCACGCACACGGCCGGCCCAAAGUCAACGUCAAUGGCGACACGCACAGCCACUGCCAUUCGGAUGCGCUUUGUCCGGGGAAAUCGAUUCUGAGCCACUCGCACUGUGCGUGCCAGAAUCACGUGACCUGCCUGACGCCGGUUUCGCCGUGCUGCGCCGCCCUGCACACGCAGCAGCUUCUGGAGGACGAAACCACCCCGCGUGUGCUGCUCCACGCCGACCCCGAAGGAUACAGACCUGCCGUGCAUCUGCACCGCUGCUUGAAGCCCGUCAGGACUAAAGCGAGACGGCAUCGGGAAAGGGAACUGGCCUUUCGGAUUCCCUCCGGUGCUGACGGCGCGAGCGCGCACAGCUCGCGCACCAACAGCCCGCACAGCCACAUCUGCCACCUCGCUCACGAAGCGCACCACGUUUGCCACCACGAAGCGCUCGCGCUUUGCCACCACCACGUGUGCUGCGCCAAGGACGAGCUUCUGAAUCCGCCGGACACGGGCGAGACCUUUCUGUGCGGGUGCGGGAAGACGGCGGAGGACGAUCUCCAUCACACCCACAUCGAGUUGCAUGCUCGCAGACAAUCGCUGCCCAAUCAGAACGGCAUUCUCAAGGGAAGCGCGCUCUACCCCUCCGACAGCACGGGGAAUAUACGCACGGGACCCUGGAGAAACGAAACUACCGUGUAGUUCAAGGGCUCGACCGAACUCCAACCCUAGGAUUUAAGAAAGGAACUUUUUUAGUACCAUCCCAAGAUUCAUUAGCUCUUUCCUGCAUUGUUCAUUGUACAGGAUGUUUGCAUUUGCUCCUCGGAUCGUACAAACGCAAGAACGAAAUAACCUGGGGCCUCAUUUAUAAAGACGUGCAUAGAAUGAUCCUAAACGUGAAUGCUUGCAAAAGUUACGACAGUUUACAAAAUAUUUCUAUAGAUGAUUUAUCAAGUUCCGUAUGCACAAAAAAUGUUCGGAAAUAUAUACAUACACAAAAUGUACUGUAUAUACGUACAUACAAUUAUGUUAAAUAAAUUCAGUGAUGUAAUUAGCACAAAGCCGUUAAAAUUUUUAUGGAAAUCAUAUGUGCGGUGGGCAUUGCCUGGUUUCUGUACUGUGUGUGUGUGUGUGUGUGUGUGUG